UCAAACAUUGUCACCGCAGCAGCAGCAGCGACGUCGACGUCAUCAGUGACGUCUCGACGUGGACCGCGCGAAUUGUUGGCGGGAAGCGGCGGGCACCAGCCAGCAGUAGUAGUGAGGGAAGCUCUCUGCGUCUCUUCGUUACAAGUUCUUUUUCCGGCUUUCCAAACACGCCUGGUUCUGCCCUGGCCUGCAGUGGCUAUUGUGCCCCAGCUGCCGCUGCCCACUCUGAUCGCCUAAAGCCAUCGUGAAGACGCUCCAUGGUGGUGUUGGCGUCGUUGGGAUGCAUACCAUCUGUUUGUGGUUAAGAUGUUUAUGAAGACAAGGCAUUCUUUCUUAAUCGUUGUUUUGAUGCAUAUUCAUUGCGAUAGGACUGCUGCCGUGACAUUGGUUUGCACCGUCAGGAGCAACGGUCGGUCAUGCUUUUACGUGUUGAAAAAGGCAACUGAAUUGUUCUCAAACUCUCUGAAGGUGUUGUGCAUAUUGGCGGUUCGAUUUGCGCCAGCAUGUUUGGAAAUAACGGCAAUAACAUGGCCUUGGAGGACACGGAUGCGCUCAGAUUGCAGCUCUACUUUGCUGGGAACUCGCUAAAUCUCGACUCUUACCUCAACGGUGUUGACAUCUUCCUCCAUCUGCUUCAGCAAUGCUGGCCCAAGGUGGCGACUUUGGAAAAUCUCCGCCUCGGCACGAAUGUGCCAGAGUCCAGCCUUGCCAAAGCUCUGUCCGGCGUGUGCCGUUUGUACGCGCUGCGAUCGCUGGCUAUGCGUGGCGGGAUUGCCCGCAAUGACCACGGGGCCGGCAUAGCUGGCUCCCUCGUUCGCCUCCCCGACGAUAUUUUCUCGAACCUUUGCCACCUCACUCACCUGGAACUCAGCUGCAAUCGGCUGAUCAGUCUUCCACCCACCCUGCGAGGACUGACGUCGCUCUCCAUACUCUUCCUGGCCAACAAUUCCUUGCAGGAGCUUCCUGAUUGGCUGGGGCAGCUCAGGAGCCUGACUCGGCUGUCAGUGAAGGACAACCACCUGUGCUCCGUGCCGCCAAGCUCCUUGGAGGGCCUGUCCGCCCUGUGUUGGCUCGACCUGUCCAACAACCGCCUGGAGACCCUGCCGGAGGAGCUGGGCUCCCUGCAUUGCCUGGAGGACCUGGACGUAUCUAGGAACAGCCUCGCCUCCCUUCCUGCCUCGUUGAGUGGGAUGAAUCGUCUGAAAUCGCUGUUCCUGCACGACAAUCGUCUGAUAUCCGUGCCAGCGAGCCUGGCCUCUCUGCCGGCACUAUCCCGCCUCGACCUCUGCAACAACAGCCUACGUUUCGUGCCGCCUGAGGUUGCGCAAUUGCCCUUCACCCAGCUCAAGGGGAACCCCAUUGGCAGGCCCGAGACCCCUCCACUGCACGAAAAACACAUCGAUGAACCAAAGAUGAUAAAGAUUAAGCUACUUUCGGACCACAGCAGCAUGACGGUGGGGCCUGGUGGCCUGCUGGCGUGGCUGCCAUGCGGAGUGAGGCUGCGUUUCCCCGCGGGGGCCGUGGACACGGAGACGUCGGUGACGUGUGACGUGCGGCCCCCUGACCCCACCAUUGUGCGACUCAAUGAUCACGAGCUGCUGCUGAGCUCCAUUCUCGUCCUGCAACCGCACGGGAUCACCUUUGGCAAGGAGGUUGAUAUCACUGUACCGUAUGAAGAAGUGCAAGAUGGACCCAAGAGGGAAGCUGUGAUGCGUACCUUUGACUGCAACAACUGGAGUAACUUGGAGACAAAACUGAAAAGAGACAAAAAUGGCUGCAGUGUGGCGCAGUGCUCCAUGCUGCACUUCUCCUACUUCCUGGUGGUGGCGCGGCUGGUGGAGGACUCUUGCUCCGUGCCGCCCGAGGGAACCCAGCUCUUCAGCUCUGUGAAUCCCGGCGUUCACCUCCUCUUCCCUCCCGGGGCCGUGGAAGAGACGCGCCAAGUCCGCAUGCAGGUGCUGCCCGUGGAUGAUGAUGAAAUGCGCCAGGUGGUGGGGGAUGAGACUAUGAUCAGUCCAGUGCUCAUCCUGUCCCAAAGCCCGGCCUCCACCUUCCUCAAGCCUGUCAAAAUUCGCCUUCCGCUGCCACCUGGUGUCUCUGGUUUUAAACUGGACCCUGGCAAACUGCACGUGCUGCACGGGGAUCCACACACGGGGGACUGGGAGGACAUCACCCGCGACCUGAAGCUUGAGUUCACGUACUUGUACGCCAUCUUCGAGGUGUCCGAAUUCUCCCUGUACUGGCUGUGGUAUAUGACGCAGGAUUACGUGGGCACCGCGGCCAAGAAGGCCUACGAGCUGCUGCGACGGUGGCGCGUGUGCUUCCUGGCGAUGCAGCUCAAGCGCGACCCAGAGCUGGUCCUGCUGCGGUGCCUGCCCUACAAGAAGGUGGACCCUACCCUAAAGACCCUGCGGAAGAAGUACAUUGGGCCCCAGCCCUCUGAGAUGGUGGAGAUCCUGGAGGGCGAGGAGUUUUACGCUGCCUUUGAGGGAGGAAUCGAGGUCCAUACAGAUCUGCCCAGGAGCUCUGAGGGGCGCCUGGCGUUCGUGUUUUAUGCCAAGCAGAAGAACAUGAAGGAGGUCUACGUAAAGUCGCAAGACAGCAGGGAGCGCGGUCCUGUCAAGGGGCAGGUUUCGUUUUACCGGGGAGAGCUGCCGACGGCUCUGCCAGAGGAAGCCGUGGGGAAGCGAAAGGGUCCGGAUUCUACGUGGCUCGCCACACUGCCCAUCAAGCUUCCUAAAGUGAAAGCGGACGGCAGAACAAACGACUCGGAGAGGAGUGCGAGUGAGGAGAGCUCUCAUCAGACCUUCUCUUUCCCCCCUCUCGACCUUGGAAAUCCAGAGACUGGAUACCUGACAGAAACAAACCUCCGGACCAUAGCAUCAAGGAUCGGUUUAGAGUGGCACGAGAUUGGAACGAACUUGGGAUUGAAACAAUCCCAACUGGAGCGCAUCAAAUACGACAACAGCGGCAACUUGGACCAGCAGAUCAUGAAGAUGCUGGUCACGUGGGCACGUGGUGCUGGUGGCGAAGGCGGGGAUGCGGUGAGCCGCCUCAUCAGGGCCCUGAAGGCGAGCAACCGGACAGACCUCUCCGAGGAGGUCGCCUCCACGGUGGAGCUCGGCCGACAGAAAUACCAGGCUCAGCUCAGCCACUCCAACCUGGAUCAGCAGAGCUCUGCGAGCCAGUAGAGCUGAACAGAUUGGUGACCGCCUUCCUGUAUGUACAUACGUAUGUAUGUUUGACUUCGUUGGCAGCUUGCGUAGCCAACCUUGCUCAUCGGAGGUGCUCGUCUAAGGGGUGACUCAGUGACACGUUGCACAUGUACAGCCCUUUUGUUAUUUAUUUGCCAAGUGGUUCUCCUGGAUAUGUCCCGUGCAGCGUCGUACACAGGGUUGUUGGUCGGGCUAUAUUUAUGAUUUAUCGCUCGAGUUGAUUUUGGCUUAGUUAGCACACCGGCCCACAACAGCUUGGGCUACCUGCUUCCUCUAGAACCUGCACUCUUGACACAUGAACGUCAGAAAAUUACAAUAUUCUUUGGUGACAUGUGGUUUGAGUGCAGAGGUGGGGGGCCCUGAUGAGCGUUGCGUUGUACGCACACGGCACCUUUUGUCAAUGAGGGCUUCCUUUCAUUGAGGAAGAGGGCUUCCCCACACUGAGCAUGUCGUGGGAGUUGUUUGACCAUACUUCAACACGAUGGUGAGUACGGGUUGGGGAAGGUGGGGUGAUAGAAGUACAAUGCAACAGUUGCUGUUUUCUGCACUGCCAAAUGCUGCCCACAUGGCCCCGCAGCAGCCAAUACCAACCUUCUGUGGGUGAUGGCCACCGAUCCAAGCACCAUCCAGGUUCAACCCAGCUUAGCUUCCGACAUUGGGUGAAUUUUGAGUGAUUUGUUCACGUACAAUUACUUAGUUACUCCUGCUGAAAAUAACCAGCUGGGGUGUUAAAUUGAGGACUCUUCAGCAUAUAUGGCAUUGCAGUUGUAAACUCAUUCGUCUACUACAAAUGGAUGACUUCAUCUAGUCAUUAUCAUCAACCAUUGUUUAUCCACUGCUGGGUGAAGGCCACCCCAUGCAUUCCCCUUCCCGCAUCGUCCAGUGUCGCUGCCAUCCAUUUUGCUCCUGCGCAUGAAUUGAUCUCAUUGCUCCCAUCUUCACAAUGCCACUCUUUCCCAAGUCUUGCCUACCGGACAUUACCCAGUCUCGCGAUGUGUCUUGCCCAAUUUCAUUUAUGUUAUUUUAUGUUUUUAUUGCAACACAACGCGAGCCCCGGUACAAUACGCCGAUCGCAAACGGAGGGAAACGGAAACCCCACGAACAGCUACCCGAAUUUGGUAUGGCAGGACUUUACGAAGGGGGUAAAUUGGACUUGCUGGCCCACCCAAGUGGGGACCAGGUGCAGGGACAUGAAGGCGAUUUACAAUUUCUUAAUUCCCACUAUGUAUGUUGAACGUCUUUCGCACCGUACGUGUCACAUGCGUUCCUUUUGGCAACGCAUUCUUUCGGCGAUGAUGGGGGGGGGGGGACAUUUAUUGGGAAUUGUCUUUCAAUAGUGACUGAGCCAUCGUCCAGUCACACAUGAGCCACUUGCCUGACACUACUGUAGUUUUUUUGUAUGAUAGAGGCAAGUGCCUUAGGUUUGAUUCUAGUAUUCCUCUAAACAGUAUAUAAAGUAUUUGAGACGAUUUAUCACAAUUUGUCACCUUCAAUAAAUAACUUCAAAAAUUAUUUAUUUGUACAGGGGGCACACUUAUUCAUCAACGUGAUUGACUUGUUUAUGUAAAUAAAAAAAAACCUGGAUUGUUAACUGGAUUUUAUGGGAUUUAAUAUCAAAUCUAGUUUGGUCGUGUAUAUUGUAGGACAUUUUACAUUGCCACUUUCGUGGGCGUGCGAGGAAUGGAUGGGUAUUCACUCCUGCUCUCAGCCGUUGAAAUUUUAAUUUGACCAAAAAUUUACAUGACACAUUGAUAUCUUGUGCUAACUUAUAUAAAUUACGUUCUGGCAAUGCAAGAGAGAAGUAUCUUGCUUGAACUCAAUAGUGAGAAACAUUUGAAACCUAGUUGCAAAGUUAACCCUUUUAUGGCUGUUUUAUAAUUGCAAGGGAUGGUGCCAACUAAUAUGCUUUCUUACUUAAAUCAGUGCAGAAUUAUAAGCUAACUUAUCAAAAUAGAGUUCUGACUGGCAGAUGGUUUUACAUCUAGUGUAGAUUAUGUUUUAACUGGACAGAUUUCAGUAGAUGUUGGAUGCCUGUGCACUAUGUUUGUCUUGUUUCAGCUCUUACUUUUCAGUGAUUUGAAAAAAAACGUUUAUUUUUAAGGGGUGUCUGUGCUCCAUCAGCUGCCGUUGGCUUCAAUUUAGCCAUUUCCUACAUAGCAGCGAGGUGUACAAGCAACACUAUUGUAAAAUAUGAAAUCACAUUAAUGUGGCCAAACAUUUGUGGUUCUUUUAAGAAGUUGCUAAAUUAACAUGAGAUUGUUGCAAAAAUAAAACAGGCAUGGUUUGAUAGCGAUGUCUGCCAUUUUAUUUAUAUUGUAUAAUGUACUUUAUUCACUGGAAAAUGUAUCUGUAAAUGAUUUAAAAGAAACAUCGCUAACAGGCAGAUGAGUACAUGCUGAAAAAUAAAGAUUUAACAAAACAAAAAGAUGUACAGUGAGGGAAAAAAGUAUUUGAUUCCCUGCUGAUUUUGUACGUUUGCCCACUGACAAAAAAAUGAUCAGUUUAUAAUUUUAAUGGUAGGUUUAU